GGAGGAGGGAGGGGCGAACCCCACGCGGAAGUCAGGUAGGAGCGCCCGCCACUGGCAGCCGCUCUCCUGGCCACCAAACCCCAGCCGGAACUCCAGCCGCAGGCAGCAUGCAGGGCAAAGAGAGCCUCCGGAUCCAGGUGGAGCCCGAAGGGGACAGCUUCCCGCUGAUGGAGAUCGGCACCUGUGAGGCCGAGGCCUCUGAGCAGUGGGACUAUGUCCUCGUGGCCCAUCCUCGCACCCAGAGAGACCCCUGGCAGGUGCGGCAGCAGCAGUUCCUUCAGGAGCUCGAGAGAAAGGGCUUCCACACCAAGAGGAUACAGGACCAGAAACGGGUGUUCUUUGGGAUCCGUGCUGACAACAGCAUCUUUGACCUGUACCGCACUCUCCUCCUGGAGCCCGAGGGGCCUACCCCCAACGCCGAGCUGGCUGCGCUGACCGCCGUCCCGGUUGCCAUGAGAAUCCGAAUCGUGGACUUCGUUGUCAUGAAGACCAAGACCUCGGCUGGCGAGACCUUUGAGGAUCUGGUGAAGGAUGGGGUCUUCGAGGCCAGGUUCCCCCUGCACAAGGGGGAGGGUUACCUGAAGAAGACGUGGGCCGGCUGGAGACACAUGUUCCGCAAGCAGCCCGUUGACGAGAUCAGGAACUACUUUGGGGAAAAGGUGGCCCUGUACUUCGCCUGGCUGGGCUGGUACAACUACAUGCUGGUGCCGGCUGCCCUGACAGGCCUCUUGGUCUUUCUGAGCGGAUUCUCGCUGUUUGAUGCCAGCCAGAUCAGCAAGGAGAUCUGUGAGGCCCACGACAUUCUCAUGUGUCCCCUCGGCGACCACAGCCGCAGGUACCAGCGGCUCUCGGAAACCUGCACUUUCGCCAAGCUCACCCACCUCUUUGACAAUGACGGCACGGUGGUGUUCGCCAUCUUCAUGGCUCUCUGGGCCACGGUGUUCCUGGAGAUCUGGAAGCGGCAGCGUGCCUGCGUGGUCCUGCACUGGGACCUGUACAUGUGGGAUGAAGACCAGGAGGAAAUGGCACUUGAGCUCAUUAACUGCCCUGACUACAAGCUCCAGCCAUACCAGCACUCCUACCUGCGCAGCACUGUCAUCCUCAUCCUGUCCCUGAUCAUGAUCUGCCUCAUGAUCGGCAUGGCCCACAUCCUGGUGGUCUACCGCGUCCUGGCCUCUGCACUCUUCAGCAGCUCAGCCCUGCUCUUCCUGGAGGAUCAGGUGACCACGGCAGUGGUAGUGACCGGAGCCCUGGUGCACUACGUGACCAUCAGCAUCAUGACCAAGAUCAACAAGCGCGUGGCCCUGAAGCUUUGUGACUUCGAGAUGCCCAGGACCUUCUCGGAGCGAGAGAGCAAGUUCACCAUCCGCUUCUUCACGCUGCAGUUCUUCACCCAUUUCUCGUCUCUCAUCUACAUCGCCUUCAUCCUGGGCAGGAUCAACGGCCACCCUGGGAAGUCCACGCGCCUGGCAGGCUUGUGGAAGCUGGAAGAGUGCCACGCCAGCGGCUGCAUGAUGGACCUGUUCGUGCAGAUGGCCAUCAUCAUGGGCCUGAAGCAGACACUCAGCAACUGCGGGGAGUACCUGGUCCCGUGGGUGACCCACAAGUUCCGCUCUCUGCGGGCCUCCGAGGCCCGGCACCUGCCCCGGGACCCCGAGCUCAGGGACUGGCGGCGCAACUACCUUCUGAACUCUGUCAACAUCUUCAGCCUGUUCGACGAGUUCAUGGAGAUGAUGAUCCAGUACGGCUUCACCACCAUCUUCGUGGCCGCCUUCCCGCUGGCGCCGCUGCUCGCGCUCUUCAGCAACCUCGUGGAGAUCCGCCUCGACGCCAUCAAGAUGGUCUGGCUGCAGCGGCGCCUGGUGCCGCGCAAGGCCAAGGACAUCGGGACCUGGCUGCAGGUGCUGGAGACCAUUGGUGUGCUGGCGGUCAUUGCCAACGGGAUGAUCAUUGCCUUCACAUCUGAGUUCAUCCCCCGAGUGGUCUACAAGUACCGCUACAGCCCAUGCCUGAAAGAAGCCAACUCUACCGUCGACUGCCUCAAGGGCUACGUCAACCACAGCCUGUCGGUCUUCCACACCAAGGACUUCCAGGACCCGGAUAGGAUUGAGGGCUCAGAAAACGUGACUCUGUGCAGAUACAGGGACUACCGCAAUCCCCCCGAUUACAACUUCUCCGAGCAGUUCUGGUUCCUCCUGGCCAUCCGCCUGGCCUUCGUCAUCCUCUUUGAGCAUGUGGCUUUGUGCAUCAAGCUCAUUGCCGCCUGGUUCGUGCCCGACGUCCCUCAGUCAGUGAAGAACAAGGUUCUGGAGGUGAAGUACCAGAGGCUGCGUGAGAAGAUGUGGCAUGGAAGGCAGAGGCUGGGCGGGGUGGGGGCAGGCUCUCGGCCCCCGAUGCCCACCCAUCCCAACCCAGCCUCCAUCUUCAGUGCCAGGAGCACAGAUGUGUAGGGCCAGAGCCCGUCUAGAGGCCACCAGGAGCUGAGACGGUGCCACCACCAGCACCUCCCACCAGCCCACCGCUAUGCGUGUUGAGGGGUGCUGUAAAAAGGCCAUGCGCAUGGGGGGCCGCAGGAGUCCCCUGUAUGUUCAGGGCAUCUGGGCGCCGCCCGCCUGUUCCGCCUGCUCGUCUUUGUGGGGGCUCUCAGGCUUGGCACAGACCUGACUUGAACUCUGGGUGACCCCGGGCACCCACAGAACUGGGAGUGGGGGCUCCUCAGGCAGCCACAAGGCAGGAAAACUUGCGCAAGUUUCCUGGGCCUCCCUCUGACUUCUGGGCGCCAGAUCCGGCCAUGCCCCCAUCCUGGCUGUUGGGGGUAGCCUGAGCCCACCUCGCUGGCCUGUUCCCUUCAGCCAGCAGCAGUUUCUGUAAUAAAAUUAAACCUGUC